GGAGUGUUCCCGGAGCUCGACUCUCUGUAGAGAGGCGACCAGCAGAAGUUGCAACCAUGUCCGCAAGCACGUCAUCCCUGAAGACUAUAAUUUUGCUGAAAGGUUCCACCACCGUAUUACACAUAUGUGCGAAAUCCCGUCAAAUAUGCUGAGAAACUGUUUGAUGCGGUCUCUCUAAAGAGCCAACGAAACGUUGUAAAUCUCUUAGUACAAACACAAAACACGGCAGAGACGAAAAGGGUACCUUUGAACUUGAAGCAAGCCCAUGGUCAACACACGCACUGCACCGCACAAAAAGACCAUCCGUGUGCGCUACUUUUAGAGCGUUAACAAGCAAAGCAAGGCGUAAAUGAGUAAGAAUCGUUCCGUAGAACCCGUAGAACCAGAUCACAACAGCCGCCAUCACAACCCUAAAUAUACAAACACAGUGCUGCUAGACUUCUUUUCUUUGGUUUUGUGAGUUUGUCGGGUGUGUAAAUAAGUAAAGUCUGAUGAGUAAAUUUAUUAAUACUAUACACUACAGAUAUUUUCUUCUUGAUGUGUUCUACUUUUAAGUCACAAAAUAAAAUAUAAUAUAAUUUAUUAACUACAAAAUGCAUACACGGUUGGUUUAGCCUAUUUUAGACCAAUGGCUUAGGUUGGCAACAUACGUUCCCGCCGGUUCAAGUGGUUCAAGUAUGGUUUAAGUUUGGUUUAAGCGGUCUAAGUUUAAGUUUGUAUCGCGGCUCGCACAAUUGUGGCUCGCACGGUUCUGACCUGACAACCGUGGCUCUGAAACAUCGUGAAGACAAGUUCUAGUAGUUACGGUUCGAAGUGCCUAACGGUCAGGCUGCGUAAUCCCACUGUGGCACCGACGCACCUGCGUACCCUGCGUGAAACAUGUUCUCGGUCGCCCAUUUUAUGAAGACUGAUGACGUGGCCGUGGUUCCAACACGCUGGAUUAAGAACGGGACAGCUCCCUGGCCACCGUUUAAAAAUACUGCAAAAGUGAACAGUGCAGUGAGGGACAGAACGGAGCCAGGCAAAGACUGGCCAAAAUUUGCCUGCAGGGUCAUGUCAUAUACAGACAGUUACGAAGUUGCCCGCAAGAGGUCCAUAAAGGCGGAGGAAGAGUCCGACCUUACAUCGGAAGCAGAGACAUCGCAAAAAAGAAUACGGCGACCUCCGACAUUUUUCGAUGACUACCUCACUGACAGCAGCGAUGAGGAGGGAGUAACUGAAGAACCACCUCCAGAAGGUGACAUUGAAUUUCUCGCUGAGCCCCCACCGCCACCACCUCUUCAAAGAAAAAGUGGAGCACAUUGUGGAGGAGCAGGCCAAACUGAUGGUGAUGACUUGGUGUUGCCCAAAGGAAGACCAAAAAGUGCAUCUUCUUUGAACUGCUCUGCUGAACCUUCAAGCAAAGCUUUGGUCACAGUUCUUAGGGAACUUGAGUGUAUUAAGGCACAGUUGACAAGCAUGGCUACAAUGUUGGCCAGAAUACAGAUGCAUGUGAAUGCUGAUGACCCUACUGCCAUGGCUGGUCCAGUCCAUCCAGAAGACCUUCCAGUCUAUCCAGUGAAGACAAGAGAGGAAUUUGCCUUCCUGGAGGCUAGCUUAAAAAAUGAAGCCAUUUUUGCAAAGCUAGUGAAAGAGCUUGGCCAAAUUGGAGGUAGAGAUGUAGCCUCUACAACAAAAACGGUGUUUAAGAAACUUGUCGGAGAUGAAGUUGCCGUCUUCUACAACAGAACCGGGCGAAACGGAAAGCAAGAAGCCGGGAAACUGAAGAUCUUUAGCCUGAUCUAUGCUGCUGUACGUGUAACCCGCAAAACUGCAACAGACGACGAGAUGGGCCGCGCCAUUGGUGAUUGGCUGCGCUUCGCCAACGUCCGGCUCCGUGCUCAAGGUUCAUUUGGCCCCAUCGACAAGCGCUGCACCAACAAGCUCAGCUCCGGGUCGUCACAAGGUGUAUUUUGUCGCGUGUUUCAAUGUUGGUUUGCUUGAGCAGGAGGACUGACAACUACUAGCCAGAAAAGUCGAAAACAUCCCAUCGACAGAAACUGUGGUUUGACUUGGGAAGAUGAAAAUCAGUUUGUUUCAAUUUUUUUUUUUUCUGUCUAGUCCUGUUCUAGACUUUCUUCAGCCUAUUUCAUAUUCUAUUGUCAUAUUUUACUUUUUAAAGUGGCAAUAAGGCUAUUUAAUGUCUCGACUUCUGUUCUAGUCUAGUGACAGGCUUUACUGUGGUUUGACUUGGGAAGA